AAGACUUUCCAUUACUCUCAUCGAUUGAACUAUCGACCGUUAGUUCCGUUUGUGACUUCAAAACCUUGAGAUCGUAACCACUGUCUUUCGUAAUUAUGUCUUCAAUUGUUCUUCUCGUUCUUCUGUGCCUUUCCAUGCAUGCAUGCAAUGCCCGACUUCUAGGCUUCGUUCCAAAGGAAAGUGGCUGUAGAGCCUACCAUUCUAUUGAGGAUGUAGGGAAUGUCUUAAGACGUUCUGAGACUUCAAUGUCGUCGACGAGGCCGACUAUCUCAGUAGAAUGGCAAACAAAGCAAGUAGAAGUGAAGGUCGACGCUGAAACAUUACUCACCCUUCAGAGUAUCCCAAAGGAUGAUCUUUUGAGGAAACAAGGACAUUUCCACGGACCAACUUCAGGACAUGAUAUUUUUACAGUAUCUUCUGGGAUUGACCAGAAGAAAUCGAUUAAAAUGAAGGGAUUGGAGAGGCACAUAAGGACAUUACUGGGAUCUGCUACACUGCAUAAUCAGAUGGAAGAAGAUAAAGGUCCGAAAGGAAAUAGAGCUAUGGAGGACGUAGGUGUUAUGGAUUAUGCACAACCUCACAGGAAACCACCCAUUCACAACAAAAAGUCCUAGACAUAUUAAAUGAUCAGCAUGUCUACACUUCUGAUGAAUUUACCGUCUACUUUUACCUAGUUGGCAAGCGCUUAAGAAAAACAAUAUAAUGCUUUUCCUUGGUUUCUGGGAAUGAUAUAGAUAUUUAUAAAUAAGGCGCUUUCAUUACUUUUUUUUCAAUAAAAAAUAUCUGUUCAUUAGAAAAUAAUAAUAAUAAUAAUAUCUCCUCGCAAAACCUUGGAAAAGAAGAGAAAAAAGAGUUCAACUGUUAUAAUAUUGGAUGCCAUGUGAGUGAAGAUUAUUCAUUGAAGAUUGUUGCAUAGGGUAAAUAGUUCUCACUAAUUGGCUUACAGUAUUCUUGCUCAUGG